AUGGUACAAAGAAUAGGCGCCGAAGGAUUGAAGAAGCUGCAGAUGAGCGGGUUCGACAUACACACUAUCGGCUGCUUGCUUGCCCUCGCGGAGAUCGCCCCAGCAUCAGAUGCAUUCCGAAAGAAAGUUUUGGAAUGCCGUAGUAAACAGCGCUCUCGCCGCUGGUUUUUAAACGCCGUCAUCGAAUACGGUUCUGGCACGAACGUGGUAAUUGACCAACUGCUUCACACACGCGCAGGCGAGAACAUUCUGUCCCUUAUUAUUGCAUUGUUGUCUGUGCUUGACGAAGGAGCAGUAGAAGUACUGGGUGGCAUAUUCAAUCUACUGAAGACGCCCUUUGAUCAUACGCCUGGUAUCAGUCAGCUCCAGGAAGUUCGAUCAACAUGCGUGCCUCUCUCAAGAAUGAUGGACUUCAAGGAUCGCGUGGCAAGAACACAUGAAAUGAUUCUCACCAGGGCAUUCAACCGAAAAAGGAGAUUUCAAUAUCGAGAAGCGUUGCCAGAUAGUGAUACUAUGGCAAGGCUGGUUAUCCUCCUCAAAGACAUCGUCACUGAAACAGCAGCAGGGACGAAGCUCGUAUACUACGGAAUCACGGGUGCAUCUUGGGUUAUUGAGUAUAGCAAGGAGGUACUGGGCUUAGAUGUGUGCUUCCUGGACGAGGGUGGAGAUGUUCACCCCAUCAAAGGUGAUUACAACACUGCUUCGGUUGUUGUAACACCAACAGCAGCCACCGCCCAACAGACAGAGGUUCUUCGGCCGCUGGCCUCACCAAAAGACAUACUAAUGUCGUCUGAGCGGAAAUAG